AUGCUACCUGCUAAACAAGACGCUUUGAGACACUCACGCGAUACUGUAGCGCAAAAGUUAUCAGCGCCAUCUAUGUCUCAGGUAGGUUCCACGAAAGCCUUUUCUACUCUUAGAGGAAAGCUUAGGAAGGAUAGGUCCUAUUCGCGUUCUUGUUCGUCAUCUAGAUCGCCGACGCCAGAUCACAGUCGUAGGGAAGAAUCACACUCACCUACGACCUUAGUCGACUCACAGCUCCUGGCGAAAUGCUGGGACGAACUCACACAUGCAAUUCCUCCUGUUAUAUCCACGCACGCAGAAACCUUGCCUUGCGCAGAUACUAACGCUUUUAAGACUAUCCAUAGUACCGAUCCUUACACUCGUCCAGCUACCACCUUUGAGAUCAUCUCAGCUAUCGCGAAAGGUCAGAACAUUAACCGAGUAUUCGAUUGUGAAUUGGAUAACGAGACCCAAGCGUUCGCUGUACCUCGAUCUCAUCGUCCCUUACUGUUGCUAACUCAACAACUUGGUAUCGCUCUUAAUCCCAAUCACAUCUUUAAAAUGGCACACCUAGGUCAGCAUGAUUUUGUCUUUGUUGACAACUUCUUGUAUACCGAUUUCUUCAAACAGUUGCGAAGUAUCUUCACAAAGGAGAUUAUACUUCCCACGUUUGGAGAAGUUAUGGGUGCCAAGUCCCCACACCUUCCGGUCCUUUUAGUUUCACAGGCACUGAUAGGUCUUCAUGAAGUUACGGAGAAGAUGACAGAGUAUGUAAAACAACUGACAACACAGUCUAAGGUUACACCUAGGUUAUUAUUGACACGCAUACGCAUUAUACAGGAAUACGUCGACAACAUCUACAACAGACGUGAUACACUCUUUACUAACCUUUUGCCAGUAGUGUUUUCGCAGCCAACAGAAGUAGCUCUUAUGGCGAAUCUGUUAGCUCAAUACAACAUUACUUAUAGUAAGAUCAUUACGGUUAACACAACAUCAGUAGCCGCAUGUGCAGAGGCUAAAAGAGUACAAAACCUGUAUUUCGAACAACUGUGCGCUCAAGAUAAUCUUGCUAGACUACUGUCCACACGAACACACUCACAAUCUUCUACCGCUUCUUCAUCCCGUAGUGCCUCAUUGUCGAAACUAAAACGCGCAGUAUCACCACCUCCCCCACCACCACCACCUAAGGCGUCCAAACCGGCACAUAAAAAAGAUAAGUCACAGCAGUCAACAUCAUCUGAUCCGCUGUCGAAGUUGCCGUUUGCUCUUACUGCUUCGUCAUCUUCGACGACUACAAAGUCGCACACACAGCCGCGGGAACAAUUUAACAUCAAAUCUGUUCCAUCGCACGCCUCCAAUGCUGCCUCUACGUUUGACUGUACGGAUGCUCAUUCUGCUGUCGGCCCCGAGGAUGGGCCCUCAAAGCCCAUUUCUCUGGUGAAAGACCAGGCCAUGGAAGGAAGACCUUCAUGGGAACCUUCGCAGUGGGAAGCUCCGUCGAAUAUAAUUUGUCAUUUUUGUAGGGAAAGACAUUGGUCGUCUAGCUGUAGCAAUGUGCCUCGAUUGUCGUCGCGUAUGCAGAUGAACGCCGAUCGAGGAGGAUGCUUCAUAUGUUGUGGUCUGCAUUCGGAGGAAGAGUGUCCGGAAAAGGAUAGGAAGCGAUGCAAAGCAUGUCGAUCGAGACUCCACGACACAUCCUUUUGCUAUUUGAAUAGCGGAGUCGAGAACGAUGUGGAAAUAGCGCAGUAUGGACUCUUUAUGGACCAAUGUAAGGCCGUAGCGCAUAUGGUAAGGAGUUCGAAGGAAGGUAGGGUAAGUUGGAUUUAA